AUGGCAUCCACCGUCCUUCCAUGCCAGGCACGGCUAGACGUAGAUUCUGGAUCAAUAAAAGCCGGGCUCGGGCUAAUCAGUGUGUCAACCUUCUCACCAAUGCAACUCACCUCUGCACUUCUCUCCCUCGCCGUCCUUCUCACGAGCACCGCGCAGGCGGCUCCCUCUGUGGGAGUCACAUCCAGCCUCACCAAGCGCUGGUGCGGCUUCGACGCGACGUGCGGGUGCACGCCGGAUCCUGCGGCCGGAUGCGAGCUGACGUUCGACAAGUGUGGUCAACAGUGGUACUGGCCGUCGCACUGCAAGGGGUGCCAGGCAGAUUGCCCGGACCAUUGCGUCUUGUUCUUUCACUGCAUCGACCCAUCCCCUCCGAAGUGAUUCGGGAUUAUUAUGAAAAUUUCUCAGGGAAGCUACCGAGAAGCAGGAUAAACAGAGCGUUUCUGUAUUCACAAAUAUGAGCCUCGUCAAACGUAAUGCCUUUAACCGAUGAUAUAUUCUUACUAUCUAUGCAUCGAAAUCUCAGAGUCUACUCACUCGAUAUCAAGUCCUCAGAAUUCUACGAAUGUCACGGAGCUCUAGAGCAGGCGAUGCCUUUUCUUGGCGGACUGCCG